GUAAUGACACCGCAUGUGACUCGGACUGCAAGACCAAGUACGCCAAGAAUACGGAAUACAAGGGAGUCGCAGGACACUGCAAGAAAAAAGCGUGCGCCUGUACGCACAUUGUCCUUUGCACACCAGACAAGUGCACAGCUUCAUGUAACGCCAAGCAUGCUGGAAUGCAUAACCUUCAAGCGAAGUGUGACGGAUACGUCUGUCGAUGCACAUGGGCAGUGUUGUGCACCCCAUCAGUCUGUAAAAGGCUUUGCGAUGCGCAGUAUAAGAAGAAAAAGAACCUGCAGUCCUCGUGCAAGGAAUACUCGUGCAUCUGCUCGUGGACAAAAGGUUCUUAGGUGGAGGUAUCAGCAAAUGACCAACAAAAAGCACUGCACCUAUGUUACUUCGGUGCCUUCAAUUCUAGAGAGAUGACUAUUCAGUGCACUAUUUGCAAUAAAUUAUGUGUUACAGCAAGAA